UAUUUCCUGCAACCUUUGAUAGUCAAGUCUUGACGAGACCGUGUCUGCUAGUUAUGUGCUCUAUAAGUUCUUUUUGUUUUAAUCGAGCAUCGAUUGUUUUUCCAUAAAAUCGGUCAGGGUACGUUUUUGUACUGCGACACGCAAAAAUUCCGCGACAUAGCCCCUUAAAAUGGCCGAGAAAGCUCCAACUCAAAGAGGGUCUUUUGCUUCAUCRGAUUCUGCAAUUAGCAAUGGUGAAGACUCUACUCAGGACGUACUAACGCUAGAUUUUACUGAUAUGCAACUCCAAGGGAACCAAAAAGAAAUGAGUAGUUUUCAAUACAGGGAAAGAACUGUCCCUGUCGACAAACAAGAUUUAUUAUCUAGAUAUCUAAAUCAAAGGAUCACAGAAAACGAAUGCCAUAGAAUUACCAGCGACGAAAGAGAGCGUUUGGGACCAGAUUGGAAGAAAUUGGGACGCGAACUGGAAUUUCCUGAAGCGCUGAUCAUAUCAUUUUCUCAACAUGAAAACAACGAAGAACGCGCACACGCUAUGCUUGUUGCUUUUCGCCAACGACAAGCAAAACAAGCUACAAGAAAACGACUGAUUGCUGCUCUGAAUAAAAUUGGUCGAAAUGACCUCACAGAGAAAUUACUUGAAGGAUACGAACAGAGCCAACAAAAGCAAAUAGAGGGCUUGUACCAUGAAAAGACAUUAGGUGAGCUUAUUGUGUGUAUUAAAGACGGCCAAAGAUUUGUCCUUUAUCCGGUUGGUGGAACAGAGUUUGAACGUGAUUUUGAGGCUAUACAGAAUUCUGCAAGUCACAAUGUUAACUCUGCACUUUCACGAGCUCAUCGCAUUUUGACUACUGAAACGUUGACAAGCGAAGACGAAGUCGGCAAACAAAACAGAACCCAGUCAGAAUCUAUAAGGAGGCCUCCGCGAGAAAUUGACAAUACAUGGAGACCAAACUCAGCCAUUGAUCCAUUAUGCUCUGUCAAUCACCAAGAGUCAACACUGGCUGAACACGAUGACAGCUCCCCUCACCCUCCCCUAUCCUCUCAAGAUGGACAAUAGUUUUAAAAUAGAUAGGUAAAUACAAAWAAUGAAUGUGUGCUUAUAGAAACAAUUAUUAUGCAAUAGUAAUGUAGUUGCUGGUCAACUUAGCAGUAUAAAAACAACACAUGUGAUUUCAAAUAUUUUAAUCAUUUGCAACGAGAUUCUUUCAAAUAUUUACAAGAGGACUGGUUAUUGUUCAAGUGUACUUGUAGAAUUGUAGAUCAACCCCACCAAAUCUAUGGUAACAACCAUAAAGUCCCUUUAUCAUGAAGGGCUCCAGGUACCUGCCCUGAAACAUGUACUACUUGGUUCAAYAAUGUGUCAUACACUAACGUAUUAUAAUGUCCUGUAUAUGGACAAAUUAAAAAAUUAAAAAAAGAUUAAAAAAAUCUAUUUUCUUACUACAAUUUCUAUUUSAACAUCGCAAAAGUACAGUUUGUAAUACUUUUAGCUGUAUUUUUGAAUAUCUGUGCACUUUUUGUGUAGCAUAUUUUUAURAAUAUUAUCUAUGGCAAAUGAAUGAUGGAAUAUGAACAAAUGAAAUAAAAAAAUACAUGACUUGUA